AUGGGCGCGCUGGAGCCGGGCACCGGAGCCCCCCGGCCCGCCGCCCCCAUGCUCAGCGCCGCCGCCAGCUUCGCCAAGGAGCCGCCGGGCCCCCGGGACGCCGCCGCCGCUUUCUUCGGUGAUGGAGGGGCACCGGAUCCGGGAGCCCCGCCGCUGCCUUACGGCGCUCCCGGCGGCUUCGGCGGCCGGUUCCUGGGGCCGUGCCCGCCGUACCGGGCGCCGCCGCCUCCCGCCGCGUCGGUGGAAGGUUACGCGGGCGCCGAGGGCGGUUUCGGCGGCGGGGGGGCCCCGCUGUGCCCCCCGCUCUGUGCCCUGCCCGGGUACAGGGCGGCCGGGAAGGUGCAGGUGAUGCUCAACAAUUACCCGCUCUGGGCCAAGUUCCACAAGCACCAGACCGAGAUGAUCAUCACCAAGCAGGGCAGGCGAAUGUUCCCCUUCCUCAGCUUCAACCUGUCGGGGCUCAACCCCGUGGCGCACUACAGCGUCUGCGUGGACGUGGUGCUGGUGGACCAGCACCACUGGCGCUACCAGGGCGGAAAAUGGGUGCAGUGCGGGAAAGCCGAGGGCAGCAUGCCAGGGAACCGCCUGUACUUGCACCCCGACUCGCCCAACACGGGCGCGCACUGGAUGCGGCAGGAGGUUUCCUUCGGGAAGCUGAAGCUCACCAACAACAAAGGAGCCUCCAACAACGUCGGACAGAUGAUCGUGCUGCAGUCGCUGCACAAGUACCAGCCGCGGCUGCACGUCACGGAGGUGAAGGAGGGCGAGGGGGAGGACGGGUACCCCUCCCCGCACACCCACACCUUCGCCUUCCCCGAGACCCAGUUCAUCGCCGUCACCGCCUACCAGAACGCCGACAUCACCCAGCUGAAGAUCGACCACAACCCCUUCGCCAAAGGAUUCCGGGACAACUUCGACUCGAUGUACACGGCCUCGGAGAGUGAGCGCCUCACGCCGUCCCCGCCGGAGGCUCCGGGCUGCCAGCAGCUGCUGCCGGCCCCGCGCUUCCAGCCCUUCCUGCCCGAGCAGUACCCGCUGCCCCCGGGCCGCUUCUUCGGGGGGGAGCGGGGGGCCGCGCUGCCCCUGCCCCCCAAAGACCCCCCCCACUGGUACUUCCCCCCGCAGCAGCCCCCCGCCCCCGGCGCGCUGGAGUACGGCGGCUACGACGGGGGCUACGGCGGGGGCAAACUGGUGCCCUACGGGGUGAAGCCCUUCGCGCUGCCGCCCGCCCCACACCCGCCCCUGCCCUACUACCCCGAGGGCCCGGCGGCUUUCGGGGUGACGGGGGGCUGGAGCCCCGGGCAGUACGGCCCCAAGGGCGGCGCCGCGGCUCUGGGCUGGUACCGGGAGCCCCGCGAGGAGAAGGGGAAGGAGAUGGAGGGCUGGGCCACCGAGCCGCCCGCCGCUGUGGCCUCGGGGGACUCGUCGGACUCGGGGCUGUACGAGUGCAAGCGGCGGCGAGUGUCCCCGUACCCCUCGAGCACCGAGAGCUCCUCCCCGCCCCGCAACGGCGACAUCUACGACAAGGAGCCGGUCACCGACGGGGGCUACUACGGCUUCUACGGCAACUGAGCCACACCGGGCGGGGGGAACGGGGGGGUCAGAGCCUCCCCGGGCACCCCAAAUCCGGUCCUGUGUGCGCCCCCACACCCAUA